AUGGCGCCCCAAACGACACGUCCGGGCAGCCCUGUCCGUCUCCCCCCAGAGGACACUCGCCCGAACAAGAUCGUGAACCCUAAUGGACCCAAGUAUCCGUACAAGAUUGAUCCACUGCCGGAUGGACUGCAGACGUAUGAGGAGGUGGUGAGGGAUUUACGGCGGUUACUGGGGAAGGAGCCGGGAUAUUUCUUGGUCCAUGGGCGGGAUGAUGAGGGAUAUGACGUCUCUACGAGUAUCUUCAACGGUGCAAUAGUAUCUGCUGCUACGGCGGUGGUCAAGCCUACCAACGCCCGGCAGGUCAGCAAGACCAUCAGAUACUGCCGCGAGCACGACCUACAUCUGUCCGUCAAGGCGGGAGGUACUGGAGUGCACGGCCAAUCCAUUGCCGGACAUAUCAUCCUCGACCUCGCUCUAAUGACCGAAAUCACCGUCUCUCUUCCUACACCCUCCGCCAUCACCCUCCACGAAUCCUUCUCCCAGCUCCAACUCGCACCGCAGCGGACAUCGCCCAAGGCCACUGCGCCAGUCUACCUAUACAAGCGCAAUACCGGCGCGGACGAUUUGUCGUACUCUGCCGAAUUGUCGCAAAUCCUCAGCCGGGAUGGGAGUAGUGGUAGCGGGAGUAGCAGCGGACGAAGUCGGAGUCAAGGUGAUUCUUCCACCCCGCCGACAUCGUUCGAAUCGCACAACCCGUACGGCGGGGGCAGGGCGAAGCCGCAGGAUGUUCCUCGACCUAUCAUCUCUACCCAGUCGGGCUCAAUCUUCCAAUACUCUGGCUCGGCAUCCUCCCUCCCUUCCGGUAGUCGAACGACCUACAUCAACCCCUCCCCUGUAACAUCGACGACAUUCGGUUUCGCCCCUUCUCCUCAAUCUUACUCUACCCCAGCGUUCAAUCCCAGCACCUUUGACCCUACCUUCGGCCAGCCGUACACCAACUGUAACCCCAAUCCACCCACCCACACUAUCGUCACCUUUGGAGCGGGCACGCAUUCCAAAUUGCUAGACUCGACGACAGCGCGGUCGCCUUAUGGCGCAUUCUACGUCCCCACCUCGGCGUUCCCGGUCGGUGCGGGUCAGUUCCUGCUAGGCGGGUUUGGGUUCCUAGGUCGACAGCAUGGGCUGGCGAUGGAUAAUGUGGUCGAGGCGGAGGUGGUGUUGGCGGAUGGACGCAUAGUGUGGGUAGGCGAGAAUGGGAUGGCUUCUGGCGAGUGGGCGAAAGGGGAGGAUCCAGAGGAGUUUUGGUGGGGAUUAAGAGGAGCCGGACCCGCAUUGGGCGUGGUGACUCGAUACAGAGCGAAGGCGUACUACAUUCCCUCUGUCUACGCUGGGAACUACAUCUACGUGUUUGACAAAGCCACAACCCCCUCCCUCCUCCGACACGUUCGCGACUGUAUCAAAGGCGCCCCACGCGCCCUCUACGCCAACAUCAUCAUGACGGCCGGUCCGCCCGGUGCGCCCGCUAUCGUCGUCAUCCAGAUGUGCUACGAGGGUCCUCGGUCCGAAGGGGAUUUGUACAUCCAGGCGAUUGGGUCGUGGGAGGGUGGAAGACCGCUUUUCCAGGAUUUUUCGGAGAGGAGCUUUGAGAGGCAGCAGUUGGCCGUGGAGGAGGUGUUGAAGGGCGGGCAUGGGAAGAAGUGGUAUAUCAAAUCGGAUAUGAUCGAGUCGUUGACGGAUGAGGGGAUCGAUGGGACUUGCGCCCGGUUCGAUUCUGUCCCUGAUGGGUGUACGUGGCUGUGCGAGUUCACGGGCAACGGAGCGGUCGGAGAUGUCGCCGAUUCAUGUUAUCCCCAAUCACACCGGAAAGCCAUGUUCACCGUCGCGGCGUUACACCAGUGGGCACACGACGAGCCCCCUGCUCUGGACACGAAAUGCGUCGUCACUGCCGAAGCGUGGAUCAAUGAGGUCAUGCGGCCGGUCUCGGUUGGUGGGCCAUUACCUUGUUUCCUCCAAUCCUCAACCCCCGAAGACGUCAAACCGGUAUAUGGUAAAUCCUACCCCCGUCUCCUCGCGCUCAAGACGAAAAUGGACCCCGAGGGGUUCUUUUGCCAUUCCAUGUUCCCGCGCCCGCAUGCGCCGGACGAGUGGGGACAGCUCCCGCCGCUUACGCAGGCGAGGAUGAGGAGGGCGCAUGCCGAGACGGAGAGGUUGAGGGGGAAGGGCAAGGCGGGGGGGUCGGGCGGGGGUCGAGGAGGUCCCGGCGAGGGUGAUGGCGAGGGUGGGGAGGGGGAUGGGAAACAGGGUGAAGAAGCGGGGUCGGAGGAGGACAAGAUGGAGGUGGAAUUGAAGGGGACGGAGGUUGUUGCGGAGGCGAGCUGA